AUGUCAAACGAUAAUGAAAAGGAGAUGGAAACGAAUUUUGAAUCGUUGGCAUCAUCAUCGUUAUCAUCACAGCAUAUAUUUGUCGUAAAUAAUUUAGAACAAAGAAUUCGUCAAAGUUUUAGUGAUUUUAGUAAGAAAGAAAUAUUUAUCAAUAAAUGGAAACCAAAUGAAGAAAUAUUAAAUGAUAUCGAAAAAUACUCAAAAUUAAUUUUGGUGAACAUCGACAACUGUUUGCGGGAAUUGCGUGGUUCAUUAUUUGGAAUGACCGAUUUAACAAUUGAAUCUUUGCAGUCUUAUAAUAAUUCAAUAUCGAAUACUUGUGAUAUUGUUGAUAUAGUUAUCAAGAAUUCAUAUUCUGUAUUAGCUAAGGUUUGCCUUUUUUACGGGUCAGUAAACCAGAACAUAAAACCAAUGGUGCAACAAGUCAAAGACAUUAAACGUAUUGUUGAUCUUUUUGAAUCUCAGUUUAGCUCAUCUAAUUUCUAA